UGGCUCGAGUCUCUCGAGGGGGGAGUCGCCGCAUGCUGGCCGGCGCCGCAUGCAGGACACCGCGCGCCAGGCAUGCUCGACCUCGAAGACCUGGAGGCGAGAGCCCCGACCAACACGGCGAGCCUCCGGGUUGAUGGCCAGGUGUUUCGCAUGCAGCUCCCCCGGGCCCUGUUGACUCCACGCGAGGUGGCAGAGAUUUGGGAGCAGGAGUGGGGCGUCCACUACGCGACGCGCCUGCGUUUCUGGGCCGACGUGCCCGACGAGCCCGGGGUGGGCCCCCGGCGGGCGGCCUCCUCUGCUGGGUGGCUGAACCCCCGGAGCGACAGCCUGCCGCUGGCCCCGGCCGUCGUCCGGCUCGAGGGCCUCGGGAGCAUCCUCUGCGCCCUCGCGGUGGAGCUGCGCCGGCGCGAGCGGCACGGGCCGGGCGCGCCAGCCCAGGACGGCCCGAGGCCGCUGGCCCCGUGCGGCGCGCCGGGGGAGCGCGCGGCGGCGCUGGGGGCGGCGGGGCCGCAGGGCGAGCGGUGCGCGCAGGCCCGGCGGAGCGGGCUGGGCCCUGUGGGCAGGCAGGCCUUCCGACGGUUCCAGGGGGGCUCUGCCGCGCCGCCGGUCCUGCCGUGGCAGGAGCGGCGGCGCCUCGCCGACGCCGAGGACCCCGGCCAGGUCGUGCCGCGGCGGCGCGAGGAGGAGCUGCGCCGCCGGCCGCGGGCGGCGCGCCCCCCGCGGCGGGGCCGGCGCCGCGCGGCGGUGAGCGCUCCGAUGGGGACGUGGCGACCCCCCUGGCGAGGACCCCCUCGCGGCGUUGCCUGCAGCAGGAUGCGGGUGUGUACGAUAAUAGCACAGCGUGGGGCGCGCUGACGGCUGCAGUGCGCGAGGUGCUCAUGGCUGGUGCCGCGGUCGCCGCGCUGGGCGCGUGAUGAGCGCGGGGUCCGCCGAUCUCGGGGGGUGGCCUUCGAGCGUGGCGGUGGCUUUGGCGGUCUCCCGGGCCAGGGGCAACGGGAGAUGAAACAUGUAUCGGUCGAGUCAGUUUCUUCUGCGGGCCGCCCCCCAGCCCCCAGCUCAGAGUGUGUUUUCCCUCUUGGGGCGCGAUGUAUGUUGGUAAAUUGUUUGCUUCGCGCCAGCUCUUCUGGUCGCUUGCACAUUGCUCUCCCGCCCCUCCCCUACGCCGUGCGCAGAGCUCGGAGUGACCGACUCAGGGCGCACGACGUCCCCUUCACCCAACCUCCAUCUCUCCGCUUGCAGCCUCUCCUCGUUGGACGAUCGCUUGUGUGCAGGAUGCCCGCCUCUCCAGGAGAGAGGCCGCUCGGCCGUGUUUCUCCAGCAGCUAUCCUUCGGGAUCGCUGGAGCAUAUCCGAGUAGAAGACUCGCGCGCUGGAAAGGGCAGCGUCGGCUGGAAA